UUGGCUUCCUCUGUUAUGGCUGAGCAAAAUCUCCAGCAAGGUGCUAAUGGUCGGCAAAGAAGACUAGGAGUGUAUGAAGAGGUCACUCUGAGUCUUAGUGAAGAGGAGGGUGGCUAUGCAAAACUUUCUGACCUCAAGGUUCUAGACAAGUACAGCUACAGCGAAGAGUUCGAUGACCCUUCAUCACUUCUGGACAGACACCCAUACACAGAAGGAAUGGAGUUUUACCCUGGUCAAACUGAUAACCCUUACAGUAACAUUGAUGAUUUUGUUGACUCUUUCUCCGACACCGAUUCUGAGUAUGAGGAAGAAGAGCCAGUAGGGGUUCCCAUCACCCAAUUAAGAGAUAAAAGAGAUACCACCAUUGACAUUAUUGGCUCAUUAUGUCUGCAGGGAGUUCUGCAGGGUCUUAUCCCAGAAGAGGAGGCUACAGGUGGUCCUAUGCAAAUACUACCUAGCUCUAUACUCAUGACAUCUAAUCUUGAGGGUCAAAAUGCAGCCCUGGAUGAGCUCUCUGUAAUGAUUGUCGCAAAGAGCUCAGACAUAGUUCCAGAGACUCCUUAUGAUCCAAACAAUACUAUCACUGGAGCUGGGAGAGGAAAAUCAACAAGAACAGAGCCUCAUCCACAUCGACGUGCUCAGAUAUCAGUAUCACCAAAAUCCAGACCUCAUUCUGACUCAAUUGCUAAUAGGAUUGACGUUCGUCCUACAACAGUCACUUAUAUUGAUAAUAUAGUCAGAGCACCACCACUACCACCUAUUGAUGAACUCCUACCUGAGAAUGAGAAAAAGAGAUAUAAAGUGAUAGAGAAUCUAUUAGAGUCUGAAGCAUCCUUCCUUACUUCUCUCAACAUUGCCAUAGAGCUAUAUAGGAAGCCUCUGAAAACUGAUGUGAGCACUGAACUAACUCUUGAUGAUAUAAGGCACCUCUUUGGUCCCAUUGGUACUCUACUGGAGCAUCACGAGCUCUUCUUUGCCGCUCUUUGUGAGCAGACAAAGAACUGGUCACCAGCUAAACAGAUUGGUGAUGUGUUUUUAGCUUCGUUCAGUAGAAGAGAUGUUGUAAGGCAUUACAGCAAGUAUGUUAAUAACUUUACUGUGGCUAUGAACAUACUGGAGAAGGCUAUCAAAAAGAAGCAGAGGUUUUUUGAGUUUCUUAAAAGGCAAAUGAAAACUAGCGGAAUCCAGUUGAGUCUUCAGGCUUUAUUGCUUAAGCCAAUUCAGAGAUUUUUUCAAUACCUUUUAUUUCUGAAGGACCUAAUUAAGUACACUCCUACCACUCAUCCUGACAGUAUUGUCUUGGAAAUGGCUGAGGCCCAUAUUGAGGGAAUUGCCAAUUACCUCAACGAAGCAAAGAGACGCUCGGAACAGCUAACCAUUGUCCAAUACCUGAACACUGCAUUGGAGAGACUACCACACAAUCUGUUACUUAAGAACCAGAGGCUGCAUAGACAAGACAUGAUACAAUGGACGAGUCUUAAAGAUGGUAAAUGGAUAUUUAAAGAGCGUUUGCUGUUCCUCUUUGAUUAUCUGAUUGUGUGUUGCUCUGUAAAGCAGCCCAAGCUAAGGAAGACAAGCGUCAGUAACAGAUCCUCAGUCAUUGAAGCUGAGCAUGUCAUUAGUGGGGACUCUUCAGCUUUUAAUUUAAAGUACAAGUGGUCUUGCCCUAUAACUGAUGUUGAACUCACUGAUCCGGACUACAUGAAGGAAACAAACACUAUAGUCAUAGGAGGAUCACAAGAUGAGAAUGCUCAGUUGAGGGGAAAGUAUGAUGAGCUCAAGGACGAGAUGAAGAAGCUCAAUCAGGACUUUGAGCAUCUUUAUAGAAUCGGUGGACUGAUUGCUUCCCUCAGUCGACCUUAUGAAGGUAUUAGCAUGGCUAGUGUUCAGAACUCUUGUAGAGUCCUUCAAAGGAAACUGGAACAAAGUCACGAGUUAAUAAGAAGUUGCUGUGAACCAACACGUGUUGACAUUACCAUACCAGGAAGUGAUGGCAUGCGUAGUCAUCAGAUAUUCAUGUUUGAGUCAAAGCUAGCAAGAGAGGAUUGGAUAGGAGAAUUCCAACUUGCUAAACUUAAGCAAACUCCAGCUAACAGGCAAACUUGGGUCAGUGACGAGGAUGAUCCUUAUGAUUUUGAAUUUGAAGAAAGCGAUGAAUGUGAUACUGCUGAUCAAGAACCCGGUCCUGGUGGCGUUGAAAGAGGCAGGGAACUCUCUGAGAAGUCCAUAGCUACAGAAACUCUUCCACUUGUCGUUGAUUGCAUGAAACUAUCACACAACUCAGAGCUAUCAACAGUGGAGUGUGCUACCAGUGUAGGCAACAAUAAGGUCUGGUUUGCUACUGGUAACAAUAGUGGUGCCUUUAUUUCCGUUGUGAGGUGUUUCCUACCAUCUCCAAUGCUUGUAGAGACGUUCCCUAUUCAGUCUCGCAAGAUACUCUGCAUGAAGAGUGUACCGACCACAUCAUCAGCUGAUAAUAGAUCCUCAAUGACAGUUUGGAUUGGAUCUCAAUGUGGCAAGCUCUUCCUCUAUGAUGCCGAUAGUAACAAGUGCUUGCAGUCAGUCCAGCUCCAGGACUCAGUGUUAUGCAUUGAGAGGUAUAGGAACAGAGCAUUUGUUGGGACUGCUAAUGGCUAUGUUAAUGUUUUCACUCGUGCUAAAGGUAUGCAUUGGGACUUGAAAAAGCUUGAUCAUCGCAUACCGUUGUCCCAGUAUUCCAUACAGUGCUUCUGUCUGGUGUCCAAUAAGUUAUGGAUUGGUGUCCAAAAAUGUUUCGUUGUCUUAGACAUGGAAAAACUUCACAUUGAGACGAGUCAUAAAGUGACUAAUGAUGAUGUCUCAGUGAAGAGGAUGGAGAGUGCUGGGGCUGGAGUGUGGAUAGCUUUAAGUAAAGGAUCAAUACUCUAUCUCUUUCAUAAAGACACAAAGAAGCCAGUACAAGAGAUUAAUAUCAAAGGGUCACUCUCCAACAUUGUGGCUAAUGCUAACAUUGAAGAUAAGCUCAACUCUCAUGUCAACAUUCACAUCACGUCUUUACUCGUGGAGUCUGGUUUCUUAUGGACAGGAACGUCAUCUGGUGCUACACUGAUAUACCGCAUACCACCACUCAAUGGUUUACCUAUACUUAAUUCACGUCCAUUCCUAGCUGGGGAUGGACACAAUGGCACAGUGAGAGUGUUGGUCUCAGUUCAGACUCAAAUAGACAAGACUUCGGCUCGUUUUGAAGAAUUUAUGAAGGAAGAGAGAGAGAGGAAUAUAGCUGGGUCUUACAAUAAACCAGAAGCCAAUGCUGCUAAAACACUGACCUCUGCUGCACAAGCUGCUCCUGCCCCUACUCCAGAGAUAGACAGAACUGCUUUGCCUCGUGUUGAGCAGGUCAUUAAGAAGCUUGAGUUAGGCAAAGAGUUUCUAAAGUCAGAGAAAGAGGCCCUGCCGCAGCCUCAGCGCCCAACACCAAAACCAAGGCUAAAGAAAAUGAAGAAAAAAGCUGCUGCACAAGCUGCUAAAAAAUCAGAAGAGAAAAAAGAGAAGGCCAAAGAAGCAAAAAAAAAUGAGAGUGUAGCUCCACCUGUAGCUCCCAAUAGCCUUCCAAUGGUACCAGUAACUGAGUUUAGUAGUGACAGCACAGUGGUUAGUCCAGUUGCUGUUACAAUUACUGAUUUUGAAGUACAAAAAGACACAAAGAAUGCAGAGGCAGAAAUAGAAGAUGAUCAUAUUUAUGAGAUACCACAAAAGCCUCCUGGAGGUCCUGCAAGUGAAGGAGACACAAGUAAGCCAGAAAUCAAAGAAGCACAACCUUAUGAGGACCCAGCAUCAUCAACUCUUAAAGCUGGAGGAGCUGGAAAAAAUUCAGAUGCUGCUGGAGAUUACGAAAUACCAAGAUCCACUCUAAAAAAAGAUGACGAGAAACCUCAUGAGAAACCAACACCAAAAAUAAGGAAAAAGAUAAAAGAAACAACAGAGAGAGAGGGCCCAGACCCAUCAAAAAAAGAGGAAGAGGCCGCAGAAGUGGAAGAAGCCGAAUAUGAUGAAGUUCCAAAAGAGGAUGUUCAACUAUCGGGAGAUGAACUGGAAAACCGACAAAACCUCAAAAGCUCUUCAGACAUUGUCAUAACUCCGUCACGCUAUGAAGGAGACCAGAUCCUCUCAGGUGAAGCCAUAUAUGAACACAUACAGUCCUCUACCAUCAGUAUGGCCAUACCUGGGCGACAGGUUAUGCCGACUUCUAGUUCUAGCUUUGUGUUCAGUGGAGGGGAUGGUCUUGUUAAUUUCCGUCAAGGUCAGCAAGACUCGGUUCUUCAGCAGGUAGCACUCAACACUCAUUCUGGUAGAGACGCUUUUAAAAAUGGUUGCCCGUGCAUCAUUACUUUUCAAGUACCUGAAACUAAUACUGCAUAGUUUAUAAACUUUAUAUUAUAUUAUUGAUUAUUAUAAUUGCUUUUUUAAAGAGUGUGAUAUAGAUCUAUUAUUGGUGUAAAAUGAUAUUGGUUUACUUUACCCAGAGUACAUUGAUCUAGAUCUACAUGAUCAUUUUCAUUAA